AUGACAUCUGCCAUAACCUGUGAUGUCAACGACCAGGAGUCGCUGGGAAACUCAAAUUCCCCCUGCUAUUCCCUGCCCCAGACGGAUGAAGACGGCUACAUUCCUUACGAGGCUUGCUUGGAGGAGUCGGUGGCUGACUAUAGGGCAGGAGGCUACCAUCCUGUGAAAAUUGGAGAUAUAUAUACGUCAGAUUUGAGCCGCUACAAGGUGAUCCAUAAACUCGGGUGGGGCCAUUUUUCUACUGUGUGGCUCUGUGUAUCGCUCAUAACUGGCGACUAUGUGGCAAUGAAAAUCGUGAAGCUGGGUUCAAACUACUCAGACGCCGCGCGGGACGAAAUCAAUAUUUUGAAAAUCUUACAAGGGCAAGAUGAAGAUGACGUCGGCUAUCACAACCUCGAACGGCUGAAGACAAACAUAGUCAACUUGCUCGACAACUUUCUGAUCUGCGGACCCAAUGGGAAACACUUGGUGAUGGUGUUUGAACUCAUGGGCGAAAACUUGCUUCAUUUGGUGUAUAACCUCAGAGCAAGAAGACUAGUGCAUGAUUCGGUUGACUUCUCUGCUGCUUUGUUUCCCAUGAAAAUGAUGAAACUGAUCAUGAAGCAGAUUCUUCUUUCUGUACAAUACAUGCAUCAAAAAGGUGUGGUGCACACUGAUCUCAAGCCUGAAAAUAUUCUUCUCGCCUACCAUGGAAGAAUGCCGCAUCCAUCUGGCUUGAAUCACCAGGGACCAGCCAAAUUCCAAAUUCUUCCAUCCAACCCCCUUAAAGUUCAUUUUGAUCGAUUAGAAAACAUCCAAUUGAACGUGAAGAUCGCCGAUUUCGGAAAUGCCACACACUCGCAUUUACAUUUCACCAACAACAUUCAGACGCGUCAGUAUCGGGCUCCGGAGAUAAUACUCAAAUACAAGUGCUGGGGUGCGCUGGCUGAUGUGUGGUCCAUUGGGUGUCUUGCUUUCGAGCUCUUGACAGGAGACUACUUAUUUGAGCCAAAAGAUGGUGCAUCAUUUUCAAAAGACGAAGAUCACUUGGCGCAGAUCAUAGAACUUAUUGGACAAUUUCCCUCAGAAGACUACUUGCUCAAGUGUGAGCUCCUGUCGGCCUACUUCAAAGAUUCGCGGAACAUGCGAAAUAUCACCUCUCUUAAGUUUUGGCCUUUGAAGAACGUUCUUGUUGAGAAAUACAAGUUCAAUCCGGACAAUGAUGACGUCAACUUGCUUUGUGACUUCAUUUCAAAAUGCCUAAAAUUCAAUCUAGAGGAGCGAUAUGACUGUGGCUCUCUUCUUGACCACCCUUGGCUCAGGGACUCUGCAAAGUAUGACAAGCAAGAAUGCGAGGCGCUCCCAAAUCACAAUCUGGAGGUGGUUGGAUUCACCUGUGAAGAAUAG